AUGUUCUGCUCAUCCGUCCCGCUGAGGUCCCGCAUCCCGGACAUUGGCCACCAAACCACCGCCACCUUGAAGUGGGCCACCUACACGUUCUGGUACCUUCUAGAUCCCAUACUGCACCGUCAUCACCGGUACUACCGACGUAAGGUGCAGCUGGAUCGUUUCCUGGAGCGGAACAGCAUCAUGGCGAACUCGAUGAUUGGCGUGAUUCUCGGCGUCACGGUGUACUUCAGCAUUGUCUGCGGUGUCCUGCUGCCGCCGGCAGUCGGGGCGAAGGAGCACACAAUGAAGGAGAACGCACGCGAGGUGCUCAACUUGAUGGAGUGCGACACGUCCAAAGAGCUGCCGGCGUACCAGCUCAUGCGCGUGAAGCGAGAGAUCAUCGGCAAGCUGCACGCCGUCGCGGACGAGGCGGAAGUGCGGCGCCAACGCGAGGAGGCAAUAAAGUUGAGUGAGUUGCUCAAGAGUCUUUCCUGA